AUGUCGAACGAUACAGAUGGGGCUGUAGCGCAGAGUAGCAGCCCCGAUGCUGGCGGAGGAAACAAGUUCUCUCACGCCAUCUCAGCGUGGAGGAAUGUUGACCUGACAACGUUGGUAUCCAAUCUGGACAAUACGGCGUCGGAGAUUGUUACCUACCAACGGGACUCGACGGUGCAGCGCAAGGAGCUGGCGCAAAAGACAAAGGAUUUCAGAAAAUCAGAUGAUGCCACCAAGUUGGCAGAGAUCAAAGGCCUUCUCAAAGCAUACCAAACCUUUAUCGAUCUCCUUACGAAUCACUCCAAAUCGGUGAACUCGGCAUUUCUCAAGGCAUACACCUCGCUGUCUGAGGCCCCCGAUCCAUAUCCUUUACUGGAAGCCUCGGUCGAUUCGAUGCUAGUAUCCGAAGACACGCUACCGAAAGUUACCGAAGAAAAUAAGCAUCUGCAAAAGAGCGUCUCGAAGCUUACGACGCAGCUCGAAGAAUCAGAGUCCAGGCUUCAAGACGAACGUGCUGCCCGCAAAGAACUCGAGGAUAACUUGGAGGCCAAGGUAAAAGAGGUGGAAACAUCAUGGACUGCUGUGCUGGACGAGAAAAAGGAUAAUUGGGAGGCCAAAGAGAAGACUCUCGAAGAGAAGGUUGCGAACCAGGAACGCCUAUUAAGCGAACUGAAGGCCAACUACGAAGUCAAUCAGCGACUAGGGAAGGCUAACAGCGAAGAACAAGAUGGCCAGCGCAGUCAAGCCUUGAACGCCGAGCUUGAAAUGCUUCACGUAGAUCUCGAGCGGACGAGCUCUAGGCUAGCCGAGGUCGAAGCACGGAAUGAACAGAUGAGACUUGAGCUUGCGCAGGCUAAAUCGUCGCGACAGUCUCAGAACAUAUCCUUGGAGGAUGACCCUGGAUACAUGCGUAUGCGCUCGGAGAAUUCGUCCCUCAUCCGCAAGUUGGAGGCAGCGAGAGUAGAGAAGGAAGGGUUUAAACGCGACCUCGACAGCAAGUUGCGAUCAGUAGAGCGUGAGGUGGCUCUGCUGAGAGAGGAGAAAGAGUCUCUUAAAGAAAAGGUGGACCAGUGGGGUGACUACGAGGAAGUGAAGCAGGAGCUUGAGGUUCUCAAGAGUAUUGAGUUUUCAACUGGCGAUGACGACGAGGCGCCGCACGAAAUCGAAGGGGUCACUGGCAAGAACGAUACCUUGGAGAAACUCUUGCUGGCGCGAAAUAAAAAGCUCAACGAUGAGCUUACGAUUCUUCGGGUCUCACACCAAGACUUGCAGCGCCGGCUGGAAGAUCUUCAGGAAGAUCUUUCUAGAACUAAUGGGGAGCUAGAGAAGGCGCAGAAGUUGAACGAGAAGCUGGAGAGCGAUCUGGAAAAUCUCCAGGCAGAAGGGGCAAACGCUUUCCCAUCUGGCGCAUCCGUUGCUGGCACCUACAUCACUCGCGCUCAAGGACGUAAAGGCGGGAGAAUAUCACCCACAUCAUCCAUUAUCAGCGGAAUAGACCCUCGGACAGCACCCGGCGAGCGUGAGCCAAUGGGAGGAGGAUCAGGUAUCCUGCCGAUGGUGAUGGCGCAGAGAGAUCGCUUCAAGAAGAGGAACGCUCAGCUGGAGCAGGAGCUCUCAGAAAACCAUCGGGCGGUCCAGCAACUACGACAAGAAGUGGCCGCUCUGCAAAAAGACAAUCUGAAUCUUUACGAAAAGACAAGAUAUGUGUCGACUUACAGCCGAGGAGGGGCUACGACAUCUUCAUCAUCGGCCUACGCAACCAACCCCAACCCGUCGACGGUCACCAUCGGCGGGACAGGAAAUCCCGGUAUGGAGCUGAACCGCUACCAGAAAGCGUACGAGUCCAGCAUAUCGCCAUUUGCGGCGUUCCGCGGCCGAGAAUCGGCCAGAGCAUAUCGACGCAUGAGUCUUCCAGAGAGGGUGGUCUAUUCAAUCACGCGCAUGGUUCUGGCGUCACGGACAAGCAGGAACUUGUUUGCCGCCUAUUGCGUGGCGCUGCAUAUCUUGGUCUUCUUCUCGCUGUACUGGCUGGGCACGGCAGACUUUGAGAGUCACGCCAGCAAUUUCGGCUCAGCGGCGGCGGCGGCAGCGGGAGCAGCAAGCGGUGGAGGGGGAGUAGGUGGAGGAGCAGCAAGCGGUGGAGGCCAUGGAGACUGGCGGGAGGAUGGAUUUGAUGGGUAA